CAGGUUCCAGAAAGUGUGCAAUUAUCAUGUUUAAAUUCAGAGUAAACUUUUGAAAGAGGUUAAUUAUAAACACGUUGAAAAUGGAGGGCAAAAAGAAAUUUACCUGCCACUUAGAGGUUGAAGAGGGUCAAUAUCCAGAGUAUUGUGUGCAAGAUGUAUGCUGUGGAGUUUACAAACAAAAAAGCUGGUUCUCAACCGUGGUUUGUCUACUUUUAGUAUCACUGAUAAUCGUUGUACUAACUUGUUACCUGAUAUACUUAUGGAUAACCUAUGUGGAAGGAGAUAAAAACAGUACUCAAACCCGGUCCGAGCAACGACGUCAACCUUUACAGGACGAGAAAAUAAAACCAAAGAAUGAAGACAAAGAAGAGCAUGGUGACGAUAAGAUUGGAAAGAUGAGUGAAUAUGAAACUGAUGAGGUAGAGGAUGAAUCUGACGAGGAGAAAGACGAGGAAGAAAAUAAAACAUCUUCACCUCAGAUAUCUCAAGAUUUAGCGAAGAAAGAUGAGUCACAAAACCUCGAUGGUGUAAAAGAUGAUUCGCAUAGUCAAGGUUCUACAAGAGAUGUUCCUACUACUUCUAAUGAUAAUGCAAACAAUCAAACGUCUGCUGAUAGAGAGUUACCUACUGGGAUUCAAGAGUCUUCUUCUACUAAACAUGAUGGUAAUAAUACUCCUCGAAAUUUUGGCAAUGAUAACAUCAAAAUAACUUAUAUCAAAGAGGAAUUCAUUCUCCCUGACGAAGAUAAAAAAGAAAAUAAUAGUAAUAAUAACGAAAAUUCUGUCAAAUACUACAAUCUCAAUUACCAAAGAUUGGAUGGGAAAGUGAGUGAGAAGAAUAAUAAUGUCACCUCUUAACUACUGUAUAAAUGUUUAU